UGAAUUACACAUGUGUGCGGCCUAGCGUUGAAGAAGAAGAAGAGGAGGAGGAGGCGGGUCGCUGCUGCUUGUAGCAGGAAUCUCACACCACCAUCAUCAUCAUCAUCUUCAUCAUGUCGCAGGCGAUAUUUGAGGUGUUAGAAGGCAUGGACAAUCAGACCGUCCUUGCCGUCCAGUCCUUCCUGGAUGGUCAAGCUGGUGUCCCUGAUCACACCAAUGAGAACGUCUCAGGAUCCGCCAUCCAGCCGAUGGACGAUGACGACGUCUUUCUGUGUGGAAAGUGUAAGAAGCAGUUCAACUCGUUGCCAGCGUUCUUAACUCAUAAGAGGGAGCAGUGCCAGAACACGCCGUCACUCGCCACGGUGUCGCUGGCGUCCAGUCACACCUACACACCCGUACACCCCGUCAGCGCGGUGCCACAGCCUCCAGCCAACAGACAGGUGUCGACGUACAUCACAGUGCCACCGUCUCCUCUCACACACACCCUGGUGCAGGGGAACGUUCUGGUGAGCGACGAGGUUCUCAUGUCGGCCAUCUCGGCGUUCACAUCUAUGGACACACCGGUCAUGGCCAUGCAGACUUCCUCUCAGAGCAAUCUGAGCAUGCCCAGUGCAGCAUCAUAUAUGCAGCACCACCCACAGACAUCACAGCCCCUCCCACUGGCACAGGCUCCACCCCUUUCUGCUCAAGUUCCCUCCAGUAUUAACAGCUCAGUAGUGCAGGUGUACAGCACGCUGCCCCCAAUGGCUGGAGGAGGAAAUGCAGAGGUCCACACACUCGGCCUCCAACCCUUCCAGUCUGUGCAGGGUGGUGGUCAGUGUAUAGACAGUCAGACUGCAGACUUUGGCAGCGAUCCUGUGUACAGUUCAAUUAAACCAGCACAGAAACAGAAGAGCUGUAACAGCACCGUGACUCUGAGUGAGCUGAGUGAAUAUGACAAAGUCAUCAUCCCCAAAAAGACCCGCAACAACAAGAAGGGACACGAAGGAGGCCAAACAAAAGCCAGAGGUCAGAAGCUGAAGUGCAGUUUCUGUGACAAGGUGUUCGCUAAGAACUUCGACCUGCAGCAGCACAUCAGAAGUCAUACGGGCGAGAAGCCGUUCCAGUGCAUCGUAUGUGGCCGAGCCUUCGCCCAGAAAUCCAACGUGAAGAAGCACAUGCAGACGCACAAGGUGUGGCCGGCCGGAGUGCACAGCACCGUGUCCAGACUCCCCGUCACCGUGAAGCCUGUCCAGGAGAACGCUGCUCGACCUGCUGACGGACACGAAGGACGCGGUAAAGGCUUCCGUUCGGGUCAUAGUUGUUUUCACGGCGUUCUGGAUCAGAGCGAAGCCGAGCUCGCGUCCGAGGCCGAGGGAUCCGAACAAGCCCAAAACAAACAGCUCCUCCUGAUUGACAGCUCGUACCAGUGCCAGUUCUGCACCGCCAAAUUCAGCAGUUACUUCCAGCUCAAAUCCCACAUGACCCAACACAAAGACGAACAGGUCUACAGGUGUGUGGUGAAGUCCUGCUCACAGACCUUCCAGAAGCUGGAGCUCUUCCUGGAGCACAUCCGUUCUCACCAGGAGCACCUGACGUACCGCUGUCACCUGUGUACCAAAGUGUUCCCGUCUCUGUUCGAGCUCGGCCUGCACCAGUACUCGCACAGCUUCUGUCCUCAGCAGAACACUCGCAAAGACACCGCGUACUACAGGUGUAACAAGUGUCAGAGUAAAUACUCCACACAGGAAGCUCUGGAGCAGCACAUCCUUACCGCUUCACACAACUUCCCCUGUCCACACUGCCACAAGGUUUUCCCCUGCGAGCGUUAUUUCCGGAGACACCUGCUCACUCACGGCGCUGUCAGCAGAUUCAAAUGCCAGAUCUGUAAAAAGUUGUUUAAGACGGAGCACUACCUCAAACUGCACACACAGAUACACUCAGGCGAGAAGCCGUAUAAAUGUUCGGUGUGCGAAGCUACGUUCAACCGUAAGGACAAGGUGAAGAGACACAUGCUGAUCCACGAACCCUUUAAGAAGUACAAGUGUCCUUUCAGGACACAUGUUGGCUGCACCAAAGAGUUCAACAGACCAGACAAGCUGAAGGCACACAUCCUGUCUCACUCAGGAAUUAAACCGUUUAAGUGCCAGUUCUGUCAGAAGAGUUUCAGUCGCCGUGCUCACAUGCUCGAGCACCAGCGCUCUCACACCAACAACUACCGUUUCCGUUGCUCCACCUGCGCCAAGGGUUUCACUCGCCUCAAAUACUACCGUGAGCACCGCUGUCCUCUGACCGCAGCCUCCGACACCGGAACAGCUGCAGGAGAAGCUCCAGGAGGGAGAGCGGAUUACACGGACGCUCAAGAUGAUGAUGAUGAUGAAGACAACGAGGAAGAGGCGAGUGAAGGAAGAGGUGUAGGAGCUGAGAUGAUGAGAGAAAUGGAGGAGGAGGAGGAGGAGGAAGAGCAAAAUAAAGGUUUGCAGGGAGGUGGAGGGGCUGAUGAGCUGCUGGAGGACACGGUGUUCGGCUCGACGGCUGAUUGACGGCUGUCGAAGUCGUCUGGUUUAGUAGGAAAUUCAGCAAAACCUUAUUAAACUUCAGUCGGUCAUUUCUGUAAAACAGAACAGCAAAUGGAGCUAAAAUGCUCCGCUACAGUAACGUAAGAUUUAAUAGCGACGGUACAGCUGUGGUUAUGAUCCUACAGGACAGGCACAUGGACACAGAUCUAAGCGCACAGCUGUGUGGUGAUGCGGCGGCGCUUUACUAACUCACACCUACAGUGGACUCGUUUUCUUUAACGUGGGUUUGUUUUAUAUUAAAACUUCCAUCGGUUUUAUUUCAUUUUUCUCGUUAUAGAGAAAAGCAGAAAUGAAUUGCUGCUGCUGUAAUAUUACAAACGUUUGUAAUACUGAAGUGUGUGUGUGUGUUGAACCAGUGCACUUUGAAUUUACAUAAAUGAGAAUAAAUGAAACCUCGAGCAUGA